UUUUUUUUUUUAUCAUUAUGCCUAUUUUUGGUCGUACGACUCGAUUGUUCUUCCGAGGUAGCAUAGUAGCUCUCCAGUUUGGUUGUUUUGUCCAUCUUUUCAAUCAACAUGUAGCAGAAUUGACUUUUUGUGUAGGUCCAUCCAUGUUACCAACUUUCAAUAUGACGGGGGAUAUUAUGCUUAUAGAACAUAUUUCACAACGCUUCAAAUCCUUGCAAACUGGAGACGUGAUCGUUUGCAUUUCACCUUCUGUCCCUGGUCGUGCCGUUCUCAAGCGUAUCAUUGGCAUGCCUGGCGAUAAUAUUUGUGUAGAUCCUACAGCACCAGAUCGGAAAUUUCUUGAUGUCCCUGAAGGACAUGUAUGGAUUGGUGGAGAUAAUCUCAGCAACUCAACGGAUUCUAGAGAAUAUGGACCAGUGGCUAUGGGCUUGAUACGUGGAAAAGUCAUUGCAAGAGCUUGGCCUGAAUUCAAUUGGAUACGCAACGGUCUUAUACCAAUUGAUACAAAAGAUAAUUGAUAGAUGUUAUUUUUUUUUUUUUU